AUGUCACAACCAGGCUCGCCAACCACACCUGAACCCUCCUCGUCCACCGUCUCACCCUCCAAAUCAUCCAAACCCCAACGCGGCACCUCCAUCUUCCCCACAGCCCGAGUCUCGCGCAUCAUCAAGGCGGACCGCGACGUCGACAUCUGCUCCAAAGAAGCCACCUUCCUCAUCAGCAUCGCCACCGAAAUCUUCAUCAAGAAACUGACAGACGAAGCCUACACCAACGCAAAGCUGGACAAACGCAAGAACGUCUUCUACAAGGAUCUGUCAAGGGCGGUUCAGCAGAACGAGCAUCUGGAGUUCCUGAAGGAUGCUAUUCCUACACCGGUGGCGCUGUCCACCGCGUUGGAAGCGAGAGAGAACAAGGCGCAGCAGAAGCAGCUCGAAGAGGAGAUGAUUCUGGAAGGCACGCUGCAGGACGAAGAAGAAGACGAAGAGGAGGUGGAGGAAGACGAGGAAGAUGACGAGGGCGACGACGGCGAGGCCGCAGAAGAGAAUGCAGACGGAGCAGAGCAACAAGCCGAUGCUGAGCCAGCCCAAGAUGCAGCUGCAGAGUCGCAGCCCUCGAAACCUACCAAAAAGAAGGCUGCUUCCAAGAAAAGCCCUUCCAAAUCCCAGCCUUCGGUCCAAACACAAGACGACAGCCAGCACGACGACAUGGACCAAGACGACGACUAG